AUGCCCGGACGGCACGGGGGAACCACCGGCCAAGCCGUCAAACACCUACAGAGCCUAAAAACCGCUUACCAACUGCUGUACCAACAGUUCGGGCCCCCUCACGUUCAAAACUCAAAUGAAAACGCAACUCCCCAAACGACCCUCUCCCCGGGUUCCACACCGCAGGCAACCGCAACGCCCACUUGCCAGCUUUCUAGACUGCGCAGCCGCUCUCCGCUCCCGGGCCCCCUCCCAUCUGCCGCAGUUAGGAAAGGCCGAGAAAAGCCAGCGAAGCCGGCCCCGCCCUCCGCAAGGCCUCGUCCAAUAGCAGCCGGCCGCGCGAGCGUCGCGGCCUCCUCCCCGAGCGUCACAAGCCGGAAUCUCGCGACGCCACAGCCGAGCUUGCGCAGUCGGCGACGGGCGCGUUCGCAGCACAAAAUGGCGGCGUCUGCGGCGGGGGAGGAGCGAGCCAGCCGAGCUCCGUCCUCAGCCCGGGGCGAGCCGAGCCUUGAGCACCGCGCCCGCCGGCCACAAGGGAGCCCCCAGCGGCCCCGGGCAAGGCCGUCUCCCGGCGUAGAGGCGGAAUGA